UUCUCUCUGCCUGUUGAAACCGUGCCUGUACCGUGGAGCGCGUACUCUGUCCAGAUACACCGUUGAAAUCCGUCUUUUAACAAUCGCGAUACGAGGAGUAAAGUGCAAGUCUCCUGGAUAAAGUCACAAAGUCCUGAUCUCGUGUAAAAUUCCUCUUAUGGCUCCAAAAGACGAGCUCCGACUCAAGAGGCUCGAAACAGGUUUUACGGUGGAAAACGCUCGAUAACGCGAGACGGUCCCGACUCGAAAAUUCGACGGUCGAACCCGGGCCACUCGUCCUCUUUCUUCUAAAAUGAUUUCGCAACGCGCGGAAAUAUCUUGAGUAGAUAAUCGGGUUGGAGAAUAAAAUUUUAUUAGUGACCUUCCGAGGGAAAUUUUGUCACGGUCGGAAAAAAAGAAGGAACAUUUCCUGAGCGUUCCUAAUUCAUAGAGAAAUGAGUAUCGAAGAGCCGCAAAUCGUGACGAAAGAGGAAUCGGCGGAAAGUACGAGCCAGGAGAUAACGCCCCCGGACAAGAAAGUGGUACCAGUAUUAUUCGUCCAGCAAGGUUCUGCAAAGGAUGAUAGUACCACGGCCGAAUCGACCAACACUGCAACUGCCAGUGCCAAUCCUUUGCAUUCGAUUGCAAAUGGAAAGUUAAUUCCUGUAACGGGGCCGAAUAACAUCGCUUAUGUUGGAACUUUGUUCAAGGCGGUCGUUAAAGGUCAAGAUUGCAUUCAACAAAAGGUUCUGCUAGCUCCUAUGAAAAGUAAGGAUGGUGCUGUGGCACGAAUCAUCCUCCCACGUACAACUCAGACGACUGCGAGCACUACUCCGACUACGUUGACUUCACCAUCGUUGAGUCUGAUAUUGCCUCAAAGCUCGUGUAAACAGACGAACAAGAAUUAUGUUGUCAGCCCUUCAUCUAAUCCAAAAGUCAAACAGUCGUCGAUCAGUAUACUUUCUCGUAACACCGUCGUUAUAGAUCCGCUGACUUCCCAACCUGUCCAGUCCAAACUGCUCCCGCCGAACAUUAUCAGGCAGAAAAGUAUAGAUUCAAAGAUUAUUACAAAUUCUGUGAUAAAACCGUUUAACAUUCUGCAGGCUAAAAAACUGCUUGCUUCCAGUUUGGUUUGCCCUAUCAAUUUGUUAAACGCUAAAAAUGAUAAAUCAAAAUUGUCAGAUAAAGAAAAUAUAACUUCUUCCAAUUCAGCUGAUAGUACUAAUGAAAGCGAGUCAAAGGAUGAUUUAACGAUGAAAGAAGAAACACCACAAGAUGAAAAGAGUAAUAGUGAUGAAAAAAUAAGUAUUGAGGAUCAAGAAAAUGUGGAAAGAGAAAUCAAGUCAGAAGUUAUAGAAGUAAAAGAGGAACAAUCAAGUGAAGAGGGGGCAGAUUCAACAUGCACACCCAAAACUGAAGAAGAUGAAAAAUGCUUAGAUAACACUGACAAACAGUUGGACGUCGACCAACCUAAGGAAGAAUCAAUUAAAGAAAGUAAAAGUGCCAAGGAUCCAAGUGAACACCAGAAAGAAAAACUUUUACCACCAGCUCCAAAAGAAAGGGCCAGGAAACGGAAAGGAAUUGUUCUGGUGAACGAAUUGCCCGUUAAAGUAUUUGCCAGCCAACAGGAAAAUCUUAAAUUACUACCAGGUGCAGAAGAAUUCGACCCUUUUAAGACAGUCGAGUGGGACGCCACAGGUCUUGGCGCAUUGCCUGGGUGUAAUAUAAAAAUGACAAUCAAUGAGUUUGGGAUGCUGGAAGUUCAUGAUGAAUCUGUAGUUGAUGGAAACUCAAAUAGUUCUGGAGAUAAAAUUGAAGGAAAGCGGAAGGAUAGAGAUCCAGAUGAAAUUUAUUGUUGUGUUGCAUGCAGCUGCUAUGGAUUAAUAUCCGAAUUCUACAAUGAGAAUUAUUGCAGUGUAGCUUGUAAGGAUAACCUGAUUGCUCAACAACAAGCCAUAUGUAAUAAGACAGAACAAGAGAAAAAAGUUUUCACGGAAAAAAAGAAAAAGAAACUCUUUAAAUCGGAGUCGUCAAACCAAAAAAGUACCGAUGAGGAUGUUGAUAUUAAGACUAAAACACUUUUGCAAUCCCCAAAGCAAGAUGACACAGUGAAAGUUAAGAAUGACGAAGUGAUAGAUUUAGACGAUGACAGCAGUAGUUCAGAUACUCCUCCUGUUUGUAAUAAGUUGCCGUCUUUGCUUAAAAAAUCCCUACAAGUUACAAAGUGUGAACAGCAAAAAGAAAGAAGAGUUUCUAGGACAUCUUUUAAGUUUAAAAGUAAACUGGAAUCUAUACUCCCUCCUAAUAAAGCAGCUAACAAAUCUGAAUUAAGAGGUUCGCAAAUUAGAAUUGUCGAAAAUGCUGACAAAACUGUAAAAAAAAGAUCAUCGUAUUUUGUCUCCCAAGAUUUGGAUCCAGGGGAAGAAGUCAAAGUUGAAAUUGAUUCAAGUUUCAAUUUGGAAGAUAAAUAUGCUUUCCCUUGGGGUCAUUAUUUGUCCAUGACAUCAUCAAAACCAAGUUGGAUUCGUUUAUUUAACAACCCUUUUCCAGACUGUGUUAACUCUUUUACUGUAAAUACAUACCUUGAAGCUAUCGAUCCUGAACAUCAGUCUUAUUUCUGUGCUGUUAAAAUAGUCGAAGUAAAAGGAUAUAGACUACGGUUGCAUUUUGUGGGGUAUCCUGAUAUAUAUGAUUUUUGGGUUAAUGCUGAUAGCCCAAACAUUUUCCCGUGCGGUUUUUGUUCGCAACAUGGUAUUCAACUCCAGCCACCUUUAGGGUACCAGAAAUCUUUUAAUUGGCAGGUUUAUCAUAAGAACAAAGGGACAAAGCCUGUCCCUUACUGGUGUUUUCCAACUUUCAAAUUGAACAAUAUGACUCACAAUCUAUUCAAAGUGGGAAUGAAACUGGAAGCGGUCGAUAAGAAAAAUACAUUUUUAGUCUGUGUCGCUUCAGUUGCUGGAGUGAUUGAAAGUAGAAUUCUCAUUCAUUUCGAUUCUUGGAGUGAUGUAUAUGAUUAUUGGGUUAACAUUUCCAGUCCAUACAUCCAUCCGGUAGGGUGGUGCAAGGAGAACAACCAUGAGCUGACCCCACCAAAUGGUUACAAACAUACUCAAUUUUCAUGGGAUAUGUAUUUAAAGAAAACAGGAAGUACUGCAGCCCCGGCAAAGGCGUUCUGUCUAAGACCUCAUUUAGAAUUCAAAAAUGGCACAAAGCUCGAAAUGAUAGAUAAAAGAGCUCCGCACUUACUUAGAGUGGCUACCAUUUGUGAUGUUUUACCGUAUCAGGUAAAAGUACAUUUUGACGGCUUUCCAGAUCAUUUCGGCUACUGGGUGGAUGAUGACAGUUCUGACUUACAUCCGGUCGGUUGGGGAUUUAAGACCGGCCAUCCUGUAGAACCUCCUCCGACCAGCUCUCAAUUGUUAAACGCAACUUGCAAGACACCCGGUUGUGUCGGAGAUGGUAAUUUUAAGGGUUUAGGCAUAACACAUAAUUGCGUGGAGGAAUGCCCUUACAGCUGUGAAAAUAUUAAUUCGGAAAACCAUCUGUCAAAUCGCCUGAACUGCUUAAAAAAGAAUAAAAGAUUUGAUAAUGAUGAUAUUAUAGAUUUGGAUGUAGAUGAAUCUGAUGGCGAUGAAGAAGAAGACUCACUUAAAAAACGAUGGUAUUUUGUUCAAAUGAGAGCAGAAGUUGAAAAAAACAAUAUGAGGAUACCCGAAGACGUAAAACCAUCAGUCGACAAUGUUAGUAGUUCUGAGCAGUUUUAUAGACCAGCUGAAAGCAGUGAAACUCUGAAAGUUAAAUCCGUUGAAAAAAUAAAUGCAUUGGAAAAUAUACGUGUCGGAGAAUUGAAAACUAAAGAAGUUAAAAAUGAAAAUAAAGAAUAUUUCGAACACGAGACGAAAUACAGCAUUGAGCCCAAGGAAGAGUCUUUACCUUCAAAAAGUCAGACGGCCACGCCAGAACAAGAACAGUUUAGCGAGGACGGUGUUUCUAGCUGUAGCGGGGAGCAAAUGGAGAUGGAGACUACUUUCGAGGAUAUGGAAUACGAUUCCAAGGAAUCUUACUGCUUGAGAUGGUCCGUGGACGAAGUCUGUGAUUAUAUUAAACACGUAACUUUAAGUUCUCAAAAAUUCCAACUAGAGGAAAUCCAUGGCGAUUCAUUUUUAAUGCUUUCGCUCCAAGAUUUGAUAGACUGCAUGGGUUUGGAUCAGGAACAAGCGAGUUUAGUUUAUGAGAAAAUUAAAAUACUCCGACAAAAAAUCAGUCCUAGCGAUAUGGCUUUUCGGCCAUAAUUUUAAAUGUACUUUCAAGUAUGAAUUAUAAUUUUAUUGUCAGUUUUUUAAAUUAUACAUUAUCAUGUAAUUGCUUUUGUAAUUCUAUUGUACAGUGUCUUCAUUUUUUAAUGAAUCAUAAUUUCUCAUGUAUAAUCUGUACAGGUGACGAUAUAUAUGUAUAUAUACCGCUUAAUAUAUGCAUGAGGAGGUUGAUACAUAUACAUAUUGCAAAAAGAGCCUUAUUACGUAAAACCUUUUUCUAAACGUUUUGUUGUUUUAAUUUUCUUUGUCGAAUAUAAGGGAAAUAAACAAUAAUUGAAACAUU